AUGUCCUUCGUGAAAGGAGUUUUCGAUCUGGCGAAACGGUGCACGGGUCUAAACAGCAGCUAUGUUUUGAACAGCUUUAUUCCAGUACGUACUGCUACAAAGAGAGCAGCAGGUUCGAGAACAAACAACAAGGAUUCAGCAGGUAGGAGAUUGGGUCCCAAAGUUCCAGAGGGACACCCCAUCAAAGUUGGCCAAAUCAUAAUGAGACAGAGAGGUACCAAAAUCCACCCGGGCGAGAACACCAAGAUUGGAGUGGACCACACGAUAUACGCCGUGGAGCCGGGGUAUGUCCGAUUCUACUUCGACCCUUUCCAUCCAAGAAGAAAAUACGUUGGCGUUGCUUUGAAGAAAGACAUCCGGCUCCCCAAGGAGCACUUUGCGCCUAAUUUGAGGCGAUUUGGAUACGUGCCAAUAAGCGAUGCCGACGAGGCAGAGGCGGAAGAAAACUGGAAGUCCAGAAAGGAAGAGUUGGCUACCCCUCGACUCGAAAAACAGGCCAGAAAGAAAGCAGGCGCUCGCCAGCACAACUUGAUGAAAAUUGCCGCCUCGAUCCAAGACAAGUUCUCGACCAACUGGGCCCAGGAUACAAUUGACCGAGCAGCCGUGAGAUUGGUCAACAUCUACGAGUUGAUCUUGGCGGGCGAAUCGUUGGAAGCUGCAAGAAUACAGGAAACCUAUAACAACUUGUACGACUUGAGGCUCCAAUUCAGAAAAGGGCAAUUGACGCAGCAGCAGUUUGAAAAUGGUAAGCUCGAAUAUCAGAAACUUGCCGCCACGGUUGAUGAUCACUUGGGGAUUUCCGUAGAUGGAACCUUGUUCAAGAGCAUGAGUCUGGAAGAGCACAAGAGAUUGCAAACCGAACUAAGAGAGCAACUACAGCAAUUGUUUCAAACCAAGGCUACCGAGCCUAGUUAUCGACCAGAAGCCGCGGCUCUUGUCGAAACUCCAGGAGCAUUUAACGCGGAAGAACGCAAUGAGUUGAGGAACAGAUACUUACCAAAAGUGUUGCCGUUGCAUACACCAGGUUCGGUACUCACCGACAUUGACCUAAAGAACCCUCCCGAGAAUGUUAAAGUGCAAAGAGUUUUCGACGAAGCUAGCAGAACCAUAAAAUGGAUCGGCAGACCCAAAGAAGUAUUUGCAUAA